UUCUUAGGUAGUGUGUCAGCCGCUUUGUACCCGAGUUCGAAUCUCUCUCCUAUCCGUAGUUUAAAUCAAAACGUGAACAAAGUUUGGCAGUAUGAAACAAUCUUAGUCCAAUGUUUUGAAGAACAUGGAUACAUAUGGCCCAGUGGCAGCAGCUCAACAAGUGGGCUGUGCGAAGAGAAUGCUUAACAAUGAAUGGUUGGGCUAAACUUGACUCUAGUUGCUUGAGUGGUCCACUGAGUUGUUCUUAUAUCCACCGUUGAAAACACACCUGGAAAUGAUGCACCUUAUCCACCAAGAAGAUAUUCUUUAAAAUUUAGAAAGAAGCAACGAAGGAGAGAUUUGUGAGGUAAAGAGAAAUAUGAAUGGGAUACAGCAGAUAGCUCUUCCAGUUUUGGGGAUUGUAGCUGCUGCAGCUGUUACCUUCUAUGCUGUGAGCUUUGCUGAGCUCAGCGAGAAAUCUUUUAGGGACUUGGACGAGAAAGAUAACGAGAUUGUUGGAUAUAAGCCAUCUCCAAGCUCUAGGGAAAAACGGUCCAGAAGAAAAGCUGAAAAACAAGCCAAAGGUUGAAGACAAAGCUUCUUGGACGUUUUAAAAGGUGCUGCUGCCCUUCUACUUCCAAUCCCAGCAAUUUGCAAAUUAUUAUAAGAUUGCAUUUUGAUUACAAAGGCCCUUUUGGUUUGAGGAUAUGUCGAUGAACGCGUUGUAAAAUGGAAAUUAUAAUUUAGAAAUUAUGCUCAGAAAUUGUUGUUCAUGUUGAUUUCA